AUGGGUGAUCUCCGUGCCCCCACCCUCUACGUGAGCCAGACAUCUGCUCGACAGGGGGACUCCUUGCGGCUCAAGUGCUCUGUGGUUUCCCAGGCCCCAGUCACCCGUGUCGUCUUCUGUAAGGACGGGGAGGAGGUUUUCUCCCAGAUGGGGUUGGAGAAGAAGGUCACCUACAGCUAUGACCAUGCUGUGUCCAUGGGCAGCUCUGGAAAUUACUCCUGUGGGUACGAGAUCAAGGAGAGCGACAAGCGAGUGAACAGAUCCCAGCUCAGUCCUACUAAGCAUCUCAGCAUUACUGUGCUGAGUCCCAGCAGCCAGGAGAUGUGCUCAGCACCCGGUGAUCUCCGUGCCCCCACCCUCUACGUGAGCCAGACAUCUGCUCGACAGGGGGACUCCUUGCGGCUCAAGUGCUCUGUGGUUUCCCAGGCCCCAGUCACCCGUGUCAUCUUCUGUAAGGACGGGGAGGAGGUUUUCUCCCAGAUGGGGUUGGAGAAGAAGGUCCCCUACAGCUAUGACCAUGCGGUGUCCAUGGGCAGCUCUGGAAAUUACUCCUGUGGGUACGAGAUCAAGGAGAGCGACAAGUGGGUGAACAGAUCCCAGCUCAGCCCUUCUAAAUACCUCAGCGUUACUGGCGGCGCGAGCAGCAGCGGAGGAGGGGAGGAGCCGACCCGCCCAGAGCCGGUCAUGUCCCUCGCCAUCUGGGCCACCCGCUGUGUCCUGGUCCUAUUCCUCUUGGUCUCUGCACCCAUCAUCACCUUCAUGCUGGAGAAACGGAGCCUGCCUGAUCCCACAGGGCUGGAGGAGACUCAUGAAGGGAGCAACAGCAUCAUGGGAGGGAGUAAGGUUGCCGGGUGUCCGGUUUUCAACCAGAAAACCAGGUCAAAAAGGGACCCUGGUGGUUCUGGUCAGCACUGCUGACUGGGCUGUUAAA